CCCACGCAACCGCUUGGGCCGGGCCGGGCCGGGCCGGGAGCGCCUGGCGGGAGCGGAGCGGCUUCGGCACCAACUGGGACGGGCGGGACCAGCCGCCUCUGGGACAUGGAGGGCGUGCGGCCGGGCGGGGGGCCCCCCGCGGGCGCGCCGGGGUCCGGCUCGGGGUCCGGGUCUGCAUCCUUCCCGUCGCUGUUCCCGCCGGGGCUGCACGGUAUCUACGGCGAAUGCCGCCGCCUCUAUCCCGACCAGCCCAACCCGCUCCAGGUCACCGCCAUCCUCAAAUACUGGCUGGGAGGACCUGACCCUCUGGACUAUGUUAGCAUGUACAGAAACCUGGGAAACCCAGCACUGAAUGUUCCUGAGCACUGGCACUACGUCAGCUUUGGGUUAAGUGACUUGUAUGGAGACAACAGAGUACAUGAGUUUACAGGAACAGAUGGGCCGAGUGGUUUUGGGUUUGAGCUGACGUUCCGGCUGAAGAGGGAGACGGGGGAGUCGGCGCCACCCACCUGGCCUGCAGAGCUGAUGCAGGGCUUGGCCAGAUACGUCUUCCAGUCAGAAAACACCUUUUGCAGCGGUGACCACGUGUCGUGGCACAGCCCUUUGGACAACAGUGAGUCUCGAAUCCAGCACAUGUUGCUGACAGAAGACCCCCAGAUGCAGCCGGUGCAGACUCCUUUUGGGGUGGUCACCUUCCUGCAGAUUGUUGGGGUCUGCACUGAGGAACUGCAUGCAGCUCAGCAGUGGAAUGGUCAAGGGAUUCUGGAACUGCUUCGGACUGUCCCGGUAGCUGGAGGCCCCUGGCUGAUAACAGACAUGCGAAGAGGAGAGACCAUAUUCGAGAUUGACCCACAUCUGCAACAGGAGAGAGUCGACAAAGGGAUUGAGACAGAUGGCUCAAACCUGAGUGGAGUGAGUGCCAAAUGUGCCUGGGAUGACCUGAGCCGGCCACCGGAGGAUGAUGAAGACAGCAGGAGCAUUUGCAUUGGGACCCAGCCUCGGCGGCUCUCUGGGAAAGAUACAGAGCAAAUCAGGGAGACUUUGCGGAGAGGGCUUGAGAUUAACAGCAAACCUGUCCUACCUCCAAUCAAUGCACAAAGACAGAAUGGGUUGAACCUCGACCGAGCACCAAGCCGUAAGGACAGUUUGGAAAGCGAGAGCUCAGCAGCCAUCAUUCCUCACGAGCUGAUCCGCACGAGGCAGCUGGAGAGCGUGCACCUGAAAUUCAACCAGGAGUCCGGAGCGCUCAUCCCGCUCUGUCUAAGGGGAAGGCUCUUACAUGGACGGCACUUUACAUAUAAAAGUAUUACAGGAGAUACAGCAAUCACAUUUGUAUCAACGGGAGUAGAAGGAGCCUUUGCUACCGAGGAGCACCCCUAUGCGGCCCAUGGACCUUGGUUACAAAUCCUAUUGACUGAAGAGUUUGUAGAGAGAAUGCUGGAAGAUUUAGAAGAUCUGAAUUCUCCAGAGGAAUUUAAACUUCCAAAGGAGUACAGCUGGCCUGAAAAGAAACUGAAAGUUUCCAUCUUGCCAGAUGCCGUGUUCGACAACCCACUGCAUUAGAGCUGAAUUACACUAUUCUAACAACUGGGAGAGCCAAGUUACUGUCCAUUACCCAGUGACUCACAGGAUAAUUAAUGCAGUAAAAACUCUGCCUGCAAAUAAAAAGAGUUUGCUGCACAACCACUGCAAACAGAAGAGGAGCUACUCAGCACCAGCCCAGACCGAACUGAGCCCUUUCCUUUAUCCUUCCCAAGGCUGAACUCUCUGGGAGCAGCCUGCGUAUGUGUGAGUGCGAGUGAGAAAUAUUUAACUAUGAAAAUUAGUAGUAAGGAUCCUUUCUCUCUCCUAGCUGCAGAACUCCCCUCUGCCUUAGCCCAGGGUGUAGACGCUCUGCACGCCUGUAUUUACACAUACAUUUCUGCCAGGUGCGAGCCUAUAAUCCAUGGAUUAAAUGUUCUUUACGUGACUCUGGAGUCCUUUUGUUAGCCAAACUUUUACUGACUGCAGAACUGUUCUUCCAUGUGCUAUUUUUUUUUCUUUUUAGAAACAGAAUGGUAUUUCCCCUGUUUAAAGGAGGCCAAAAGCUCACAUGCUUGAAGCUGAACAGAUUUAAAGAUGAACUUUCUAGUUCAGUCAAGAAAAACAAAUCCAGAUCCUCCCUGCCCUCAAAUUAGGCAUGUUUUAAGUGUUGGUCUUGGUGCUAUUAGCUAUGGUAUCACUGCAAACAGAGGCAACUUUAUUCUCAUGCAUCCUGUCCUUGUGCCUGAACCCCAGGGAAGGUCGCAACCUCUGGUUUUGCACAAGCAGGAGGAAGAAAGCUACCGGGGCGGGGGAGAUCUCCUGUUUACAGUGUGUUUAUCUUUAAAGAGAUACUGUCAAGUAUUUUUUCCUUGCUAUUGUACAGAAUUUGAGAAGCCAGAAAAGAUCAUUUGUUCACAGGGACAACUUCAGCAGCUCUGCAGGAUCGGGGGGCUGCUUGUAAGCAUGUGAAGUGGAGAUCUCUGCUGCCCUGGCACAGCAGAAAGGAGUCUCAGCCUCAAUGAAGCCAACUAUUCUCCCUGUUCCAGCAGGGUUGUGCCCUAGUGCAGCUCCAUUUUCCCCUCUAGCCUCACUGUGGUGGCUCUUGUUGCUGACCUUCCUCCUUUCAGAUGGGUUUGAACUGUAAAGCAUCAAAACCAGUUUGAAAAGACACUCUCUAGAUCCCUGUGGCUUCCUCCUUGGAGCAAAAGGAGUGUGCAGAGGAGCCGGUCUCUGCAGUGCCAGGUUGUGUCUCUGCAUCAGCUGCUGGCCCUGUGGAUACCUGCAGCAAACACGGCAGCUUUACCCCCUGCUGCUGCUGCUGCUGCUGCAGGGUGUUUCUGAUGCAUAUUCCCCAGCCUUCCUCUGCCCAUUGUCUUUUGGUGACAACUCUUCACUCCUUGUCAGGGGAGGUGCAGCUUUCCUUCCACCCCUUUCUGCCUACAAGAUAACUGGUGGUUUAUGCGCACUUGCUGUGUGAUCCUAAUGCAAGUACAACAAAAGCUUUUAACACUUAACUACCCUGAUCAAACAGCAAAGUCCAGGAGGCCUCACAGUACCCUGGGGUCAGUUUUCUGUUUGUUUUCUGAUUUAAUUUCUUCCCAGCACAGUCAGCUUUGAUGUUUUCUGCAUAUAUUUGAGGCUGGUUAAUGUUGGUCAAGAAGCAGAGCUAGGAGCCACAAAGCUUUCCUUGGACUUGCUACAGAAUUCCUCUGUGGCCUCAGGCAAGUCACUCAAUGUCUCUCUGUGCAGAGAGGGUGACUAUUGACUAGAGGGCUGUAGGACCUACCGAAGCAUGCCAGGGUUUGCAGGGGAGGGCGUGCUUUGUGUACAAAGUAGUAUUUGUAUUAUUAUAAUUGUUUUUAUAUUAUAAUUUAAGGCAGGCCAAAUGCAGGGUCCAACACUGCUCUGCAGAACCUUCCUUUCUGCAAAGCAAUGAAAGCAAUUUACAUGUAAAUGAGUUUGUCAUUUUGUCUGAACUCAGAGGAUCAUCUUAAAAUCCUGCUGUGAAAGAACAAACUUUCAGAUAUCUGCAUGUGCCAGCCAGAGUGAUUUCAGUGCUGUGGCAGGCUGCAUUCAUCCAUGGGAUCUCUUGGCCAGUUUUCAUUGUCCUGGUUAGCACUAAGCAUCCCUUCUGCACUGUAGAUGUACGUGCAAGGGACAGCAUGGGUGAGAAAGUGCCAUGAUAACCUACCAGUCCAGCUUCAAAAACACCGUGCCCAGGUGUUCCACCACAAGAUAAUGGGCAAACAGAUAAUUGUGGCAGUGGGGAAAAGGCAAGGGCAGCAACUACAAUUUUGUCCCAAAGCCAUCCAACAGUAGCCCAUGGAUGCUCUUUCACGAGCUUGCUGGGGGUGCUGCAGCAGAGUUGGCCUGUUGCCACGAUGCUGGCUGCUCUUCCUUGUUUCCAGAUGCUAGCUCUCAUUAAAAGGAGUUUAAAAUCCACAUCUUGGUGGAGAAGGUCAAUUGUUGCUAUUCCUGCAGAGAUCAGCACGGGGCAGAGAGAAGUCCAUCAGACCCUCUCUGGGCCCUGACGCACAUCUGGAAAGCUUGGAACCUCCUGCCCUAUGAACUCUUGGAGCCUUCACGGCAGGGAUCUGGUGCUGUACGCAGGGAAAGCACCUCCUCCAAGCUGGCUCAUGCUCCAGUUCUGCCUUUCUCAUGCAAGUGUUUUCCUCACUGUAUUUACUCUCAUCAGAUGCUCUAGGCUGGGUUUCCAUUGACUUCAGAGGGAGCACGCUGAAUGCAUGUGAUAAUCCACCCAGUAUCCUUGUGUGUGUGUGUAUUUUUGUUCCAUGUCAUGUAUUUAUAUAUAGUUCUGUGUAUUUGAGUUAUGAACAGGUGGCAUGCCAGAAAUCUCUAUUUCUGAGACACUUUCUCACAGAUCUUUGCUGGUAGCCAGAUAACAAUUGAGGGGGGAAGGCUUGAAGGGAAGGAAGUGAAAUCUUUCUAUUUAGGUAAGGGGGGAAAUAUUAGACAAAUAAUUGCUAAAAUAGAAUUUUGUGUCUUAUUGUUAGAGCAGCUAUGAGAACCUGGUUAAAGUCAGCCCUUAAGCUCCCUGGUCAUGUUGCUGCCUCUCAGCAACUCAUCUAAGAGUAAGAAAGUUGCAGUUACUCAGGAUCCUGAAGAGCUGGGCAGCCACAGGACAUCCCCUCGCGAUUCACAUCAAGUUUGCAACGCUGCCAAAGGCUUACUCACUGGCAAGUAAAUGAGAUGUGAAGUUUGGAUAUUUUCAUCUUGGGGCAAGAGGGCAUGUCUGUGUGUGAAUGAAAUGAAACCUUUGUAUUUUAGUGAGCAAGUAGUUUGAAAGAGGAAAGUCAUCAGUGCUAAUAAAUACCACAGUGUUUUUCUAGCCCAAACCUGA